AGGCUGAGAGGAGGGGAGACAGGAAAAGGCGGUGGUAGAUGGGCCGGGGACAGAUACAGUUAAAUAAUGGCACCUCACCUCUCACGUCCCCAAGAGGAGAGAGAGACAGUGGCCGCAGCAGGCACAGCACACACACACACAUGGACGUACACCACUCACACACAGGCUCAGUCUGGCUUUGGCUCAGGAAGAGGGCGGCACACACAGUUGAGAGAAGUGCCACACCAGAUCCGACCUAAUCGGGACAAGGUAUGACCACCGGGUGGGAAUAACGGGGCAUGACCUGUGAGCAAGGGCAGAGGAAAAGCAAAGAGAAAAACAGCUGUGCUGUGCAGGUUGCUGCAGCUGUGCUCCUCCGUCUGGCGGGGGUGUGUGUGUGUGUGUGUGUGUGUGUGUGUGUGUGUGUG